AUGGACGAAUUGGAGGCAAAAAUGGCCGAGUUAAACCUAAAUGUGCACAAAAUCCGUAAGGGCUUUGCAUUGGUUAUCGUCAAUAAAGAGUUCAAAUAUCGUGAGGACCGUAACGGCGCUCGUGCUGACAGAGAGAAUAUAAUGAAAUUUUGUAAAAAUGCUAUGUUUACAGUCAAUGAUAUCGAAGGCCUAAAGCUAAAAGAUACCAGCGCCCUAAAAUUCAAUCAUAACGGCGACCUAAUAACAGAUGACCUCACGGCAGAAGAAAUGGAAAAAUUUUUCAAGACCAUUUCUAAAGGAGAUUUCAGCUCGUACGAUGCAUUUAUUUGUUUCAUUUCAAGUCAUGGAAAGAAAGGGGCGAUUGUAGGAUCUGAUGGUGAGACUAUUCCCGUUGAGUAUAUCGUUGAUCUAUUUAAACCAAAUUGCAAUGGUCAGUAUCGCACUUUAGUGGGCAAACCGAAACUUUUCUUCGCCCAGAAUUGCAGAGGACCCCUGAAAGGCGAAGGGGUUUCUGAGCCAGGUGAUGACGGUGGCGAUGACGACGUGGAAAGCGAUUCUGGAGGCGUUCGUUUUACAGUUCCCACCGAAGCUGAUAUACUGGUUGCUUAUGCAACCGUUGAGCGGUACAAAUGUUAUAGAAAUAAGGAAACGGGGUCAUGGUUUAUCCUUGCGUUGACGCAGGUUUUAAACAAGCAUGCACACAACAUGAAUUUGACCGACAUGCUUGCUGUAAUCAACGAAGUGGUUGGCAGAAUGGAGUCUAAAAAGGGCAAGAAACAAAUGUCGUGUUUUACGAGCACUUUAAGGAAGGCUGUGUAUUUCGAAGCGUUCAAGUCCAGUGAAAAGCAUCCAUCUCCACAAGAAUCAGAAGAAUCACAUGUAGCUCCAUUAUCUGUAGGUUCAGGAGAAUCACCUGCAGCUCCACAAGAAUCACCUGCAGCUCCGGGAGAAACACCUGCAGCUCCACAAGAAUCAACUGAAGCUCCACGAGGAUUACCUGCAGCUUUAAACUAA